CCGCAUUUUGCAAUAAUUUUCUUUUCCUUCCAGUCAUUUCAUUUGGAAACAAGCGGAUCGUUAAGGUUAUUGUUUGAUACUGAGAUUCAUAAUUAAUGUUUCUUUUCGGAACAUAUUGUUGUCUGACAGGUUUGGAAGGUGUAGGGAGUAGAACAUAUGGCGAACAAAGUGGAUCAGGAAUAUGAUUAUCUCUUCAAGAUCGUGUUGAUCGGGGAUUCGGGCGUUGGAAAAUCAAAUAUUCUUUCGAGGUUUACGCGAAACGAGUUCUGCUUGGAGUCUAAGUCCACAAUUGGUGUUGAAUUUGCAACUAGAACAUUACAGGUAGAGGGGAAGACGGUAAAGGCACAAAUAUGGGACACAGCCGGUCAAGAGAGGUACCGAGCCAUCACGAGUGCUUACUACAGAGGUGCCGUAGGAGCACUGUUGGUGUAUGACAUAACCAAGAGGCAAACCUUCGACAAUGUGCAGAGGUGGCUCCGUGAACUGAGGGACCAUGCGGACUCCAACAUUGUCAUCAUGUUGGCUGGGAAUAAGGCCGAUCUCAAUCAUCUCAGAUCACUCCCGGCAGAAGAUGCUCAAAUCUUGGCUGAGAAGGAAGGACUCUCAUUCCUUGAGACUUCGGCAUUGGAGGCGUUUAAUAUCGAGAAGGCAUUUCAGGCCAUUUUGUUGGAUAUUUAUCACAUUAUAAGCAAGAAGGCUCUGGCAGCCCAAGAGGGUGCUUCCUCCAAUGGCCUUCCUCAUGGCACUACCAUUAAUGUUUCCAAUUUGUCGGGUAUUAGGAACAAAGCAACUUGUUGCACUGCAAAUUAACUUCAUCUUAAUUUCUCCGUAGAAGGAGAGAAAGGGAGGAGGUAUA